UCWCAUUCUGGRCAGUCUUGCAUAAACGAAGGUUCAGAAAGUUUUGAUGAUGAGCUCCAAACCUCAAGAUCGGCCUACUUUUAAAGUAGCGCACUGGUUUCGCUGCAAAGGACUUUGCGGACGCCAAACCUUUCUUGACUUUCAAGAAAAAUUCACCGAGAUCGUCAAUACUMUGGAGAAAACUUCAGAUGAUGAAUCUCAGUUWUGGGAAUACGUUCGCAGCCUCUUUGACUACGAUGACUACGCCGACUGCGUUCCAAUUAAUGCUGCCAACUUGUCGAUCCUUUUUUCUCCAGUGCAGACACUAAUGAACAGCCUCGCCUUGAACUGGAACCAAGAUAUCUCCAUCCAGAAAAGAGAAGAUCCCUUUGUCCACACGAUUCAAAUCGCACGAGAAUUGGUAGCCAAAGAGCUGAACGUAGAAGGAAGCUUGGUUGCAUUUCAGAGGAAUGGUUCUGACCCAAACGCAGCGAUAAGCUUUGGUCUGACGUUCAAAAAAGAGGAAGAAGUCGUAGUUUGGAAUGAGAACCAUCCAACUAAUGGUGAAGUGGCUUGGAAGAUUAGAAAGGACKGAUUUCCCCAUAUCCACAUCGUGGUCGUCGAUCUGAAGGGCGAGGUUGACAGRGAUAAAAUUAUCGCAAAGUUUGUGYAUGCUGUAAAUGAAAAAACCAGGAUCGUGGCAUUCAGUGAAGUUUCUCACUUAAGUGGAACUCGUCUUCCCGCCAAAGAACUGAUUGCUGCCAUUCAUGCCAAGAAUCCAAACGUCCAUGCACAUCUGGACGGAGCUCAAAGCUGGGGCGCCUUUGCACACGACUUGGUGGACAUAAAUUGCGAUAGCUACAGUGGUGGGAGUCACAAGUGGUUCUUGGGCCCAAAAGAAACAGGUAUUCUCUACAUGAAGAAAGAUCGCAUCCCUGACUUUGCUCCUAAAGAUAUCGGCUAUAAUGGCAAGAUGCAGCCUCCACCUACCUUACCUGACGAGCCGCUCCCAGACGAUGCUUCCAGGUUUGAAAUGGUUGGCCAGAGAAAUGACACCAACCUCAUUGGUCUGCUCUACACAGCUGAUAUUAUGGCUCUCAUUGGCUUUGAAAAGAUUGGCAACAGGAUUAAGGCGCUGACGACCCGCCUUCGAGCGAACUUGGAAAAACUACUGGAAGAGCUUGGGAAAGACGUCUUUAAGAUCGAAACGCCAACAGACUUGUCCAUGUACCAUGGAAUUUUGGUCAUCAAGUUUCCAGAUGAAGAGCCAAGUGGAAAGAAACGCAAACGAAAACAAAGAAGAUGUCGUGCUAGCGAGGAAGACGCCCCUCCACUCAGCGUCCAGCUGUAUGACCUCCUCUAUGAGAACCACAAGAUCGGGGUCUCUACCAAGAAAGGCAACAGAAUGCGCUUCUCACCGCAUAUCUACAACACCGAGGAGCACAUGGAUAGGGUAGUGGAAGCCAUGAAAUACGAGCUCAAACAAAUCCUUUAGUACCYUAAGAAAAAUAGUCAUAAGCUAUAAUAAGAAUAUGGCUGACAGGUUUUUAAGAAGCACUUAAGAGAUAAUGCACAUWGCAAAUGAUUAUGAUUAAUGACCAKCACUGUAACACUUAGCUGUAGUCUGAUAUCCAAAUAAAGUUCUUGAUUAAUUCUC